AUGAGAGAUCGGAGGGGUAGUGGCUUCCACCGCCGCGAAGAAAAAAAAAGAACACCAACAACAAGGCUCCCGGUGAAAAUGCCGCGCAUUUCACACUUUUCCACCAUCACCCGGCCGGUAAAUCACCCAUCCCGCCGUCACCCGCCUUCACCUCCACCUUCGCCUCCACAUCUCUUUCUCUCUCUAUCUCCACUGCUCUCCCCCUCCACAUGGCCGUCGCGACGCGGAGGUCUUCGUCGCGGCCGCGGCGCCCCGGGCGGCCGCAGGUGCUGUACCUGGACCUGCUGCCGGCGGAGGUGCGGGACCUGA